UUGGCUCAAGCUCGACAGGGGUUUCCGGUCGAGCCGUUGCCGACGCUGCGUUUCUCUGUUGUCGGUGCUGCAAGGCAGCGCCUUGAGUGAGGUCACCGAGGAGCCAGGUCUUUUGGAGGGGGUUGGCUGCGGCCCUGGUGUGUUCAAAACCAUCGAUGCAUGUGGUGGCUGUCACUUUUGCAAGGAGGACAGAAGAGGAUUGGCUUGGCAUUGAAUGCCUCUGCAGCACUUUUUCUGUAAGAGUGUGAUUAACCAAGGAUGACAAUGGAAGAGAUGAGGAAUGAAGCUGAGACAACCUCCAUGGUUUCCAUGCCACUGUAUGCUGUGAUGUACCCAGUGUUCAAUGAGCUGGAGCAUGUUAAUCUAUCAGCUGCACAGACACUCCGAGCUGCUUUCAUUAAGGCAGAAAAAGAGAAUCCUGGUCUCACUCAGGACAUUAUAACCAAAAUUCUGGAAAAAAAGAGUGUGGACGUUAAUUUCACUGAAUCAUUACUGCGCAUGGCCAGUGAUGACGUUGAAGAGUACAUGAUUGACAGACAAGAACCUGAAUUCCGGGAGCUAAAUGAAAAAGCACGAGCACUGAAGCAUAUUCUUAGUAAAAUUCCCGAUGAGAUCAAUGAUAGGGUUCGAUUCCUUCAGACAAUCAAGGAUAUUGCCAGUGCAAUAAAGGAGCUUCUUGACACUGUGAACAAUGUUUUCAAAAAGUACCAGUACCAGAACCGUAGAGCGCUUGAUCACCAAAAGAAAGAAUUUGUCAAAUACUCCAAAAGCUUCAGUGAUACUUUAAAAACCUACUUUAAAGAUGGAAAGGCAAUUAAUGUGUUCAUCAGCGCCAAUCGAUUAAUCCACCAAACCAACUUGAUACUGCAGACCUUCAAAACUGUUGCUUAGAACCUCCAUUUGUGAAGCUUUUUAAUUUUCAAUCUUAAAAGGUUGAUCUUUAUAUGUAAAUUUAAAUAGUUACAACUGUAUAAAUUAACACAUCCAUUUCAGAACUUGAAAAUGUUGAAUAAAAUAAUUGUCAACUUGCACCAUAUUUUUGUAAAACAUUGUAGCUAAUCAUGAUUUCUCGUUUAAAAAAAAUUGCAUAACUUUUGCUAUUACUAUUGUAUCCAAAACAAAGCCAAAAGAAUUUGCGCCUUAACAUAUCUUAAUGUGACAUUCCUUUGUGUAAAUAUUGCUGUUAUGUUUCUGAAGUUAACUUGCUGGCAAAAAAAUACAAGUUAUGUAUUUAAAUGAUUAGUGGCAAAUAAAUAAUUCACAAUUUAA